AUGGUCAGCCCCAGCAGCAGCUUCGUCCGCGGGUGCGAGCCGCCGGUCGCGUGCCGCGGCGCGCGGCGCGCCGGUUCGGACGCGAGCUCGCGUGAGCGGGUGCUGGCGCGGGCGUCGGCGCGGCCCGCCGCGCAGCCCGUGCAGCCGGGUGGCGCGUAUCCCGCCAAGGACUUUUGCUCCCGCUGCGGCCUCUGCGACACGAGCUACAUCGCGCACGUCAAGGAUGCGUGCGCGUUCCUGGGGGAGGGGAUGUCGCGGAUCGAGCAGCUGGAGGAGGUCGUGCACGGACGGUCGCGGCGCGCGGACGACGACAACGAGGCGGUGCUGGGGGUCGCCGAGCACAACGGGUUCCUGUCGGGGCGCAUGAUGAAGCCCGUGGACGGCGCGCAGUGGACGGGGGUCGUGAGCUCGGUUGCGAUAGAGAUGCUCGAGACCGGGAUGGUUGACGCCGUGGUGUGCGUGGCGUCCGACCCGGAGGACCGGUUCCGACCAAGGCCGAUCGUUGCGACGACGAAAGAGGAAAUCCUAUCUGCCCGCGGCGUGAAACCCUCGCUCGCGUCCUCCCUCGAGUGCCUCGCGACCCUCGAGGCCAUCCCGGACCCGCGCUCGAAGAGCGUCCUCUUCAUCGGCGUCGGGUGCCAGGUCCAGGCCCUCCGGAGCGUUCAGAAGCACCUGCCGUUCAGGGACGUGUUCGUACUCGGGACCAACUGCGUGGACAACGGCACGCACGAGGGGUUCGAGCAGUUCCGGCGCGCGGCCACGAGCGACCCGGACAAGCUCCUGCACUACGAGUUCAUGCAGGACUACCGCGUGCACAUCAAAUAUGAGGAUGGCGCGUACGAGAAGAUACCGUUCUUCUGCCUUCCAGCGAACGACCUCAACGACGUGAUCGCGGCCUCGUGCUACUCCUGCUUCGACUACCCCAACUACCUCGCCGACCUCACCGUCGGCUACAUGGGCGUCCCCUACCAGGGCGGCCCGAUGUCGGAGCACCCGCAGUCCAUCACCGUCCGCAACGCCAGGGGUCGCAAAAUGCUGUCCCUCAUCGAAGGCCGCAUGGCCGACCUGCAGCCGUGCAUGACGGCGGGGUCGCGCGACGCGGUCGUCACGUCGACGCUCGAGGCCGACGACGACGCCAAGUUCGGCAAGGGCCCCGACAAGCCCAUGCCGCGGUGGCUGGGCAACGUGGUGGCGUCGAUCCUGACAGCGGUGGGACCCAAGGGCCUCGAGUUCGCCAAGUACUCCGUCGAGUACCACUACCUGAGGAACUACCUGUACGUGCGGCGGUUCUGGGGGGACGCGCGCGCCGCGGAGCACGUGCCCGGCUACGCGCGGCGGGUGGUGGAGCGGUACGGCGGGGAGGCGGGGCUGGUGGGGAAGCGGCUGGGGAUGGGGCUGCCGCCGAACGGGAAGCCGCCCGGGCCGCAGCGGAAACGCAAGCAGCAGUAG